AUUAUUUAUAAAAAAAAUAACAGAAUGACUUUAGAAAUUGAAUCUGCUGAUGUAAUCAGACUCGUGGAGCAAUAUCUCAAAGAAAGUAACCUGCAUAGAACCCUGGCAACCCUUCAAGAAGAAUCCACUAUUUCACUCAACACUGUAGACAGCAUAGAUGGCUUUGUGUCGGAUAUAAAUAACGGACAUUGGGACACAGUUCUGCAGGCUAUUCAAUCCUUAAAGCUGCCAGACAAGACUUUAGUGGAUUUAUACGAACAAAUUGUUUUGGAAUUGGUGGAACUACGAGAACUUGGUGCGGCAAGAUCUCUUCUCAGACAGACAGAUCCUAUGCUUGCAUUGAAGCAUUCACAGCCAGAUCGCUACGUUCACCUUGAAAACCUCCUGGCAAGGUCAUAUUUUGAUCCGAGAGAAGCCUAUCCCGAUGGAUCAACCAAAGAAAAAAGAAGAGCCGUGAUAGCUCAGUCCCUGGCUAAAGAGGUCAGUGUUGUACCACCAUCUCGUCUUAUGGCAUUACUCGGCCAGGCUCUGAAAUGGCAACAAUAUCAAGGACUUUUACCUCCAGGGUCAACGAUUGAUUUGUUCCGAGGAAAAGCAGCAACAAGAGAGGAAGAGGAUGAAAAGUAUCCGACAAUGCUGAAUAAAACAAUCAAGUUUGGUCAGAAAUCUCAUGUUGAAUGCGCAAGGUUUUCUCCUGAUGGACAGUACUUGGUGACUGGGAGUGUUGACGGUUUUAUUGAAGUAUGGAACUUCGCGACCGGUAAAAUUCGUAAAGAUUUACAAUUCCAAGCUCAGGACCAAUUCAUGAUGAUGGAUGAUGCGGUUCUGUGUCUUGCGUUCAGUAGAGACAGUGAGAUGCUGGCAACUGGAGCCCAGGAUGGAAAAAUUAAGGUUUGGAAGUUGACUACGGGCCAAUGUCUACGUAGGUUUGAGAGAGCUCACACUAAAGGUGUAACCUGUGUUACGUUCUCUAAAGAUGGAAGCCAGAUUCUCAGUGCUUCGUUUGACCAAACGAUUCGAAUCCACGGUUUGAAAUCAGGGAAAUCUUUGAAAGAAAUGAGAGGGCAUACUUCCUUUGUAAAUGAGGCUUUGUUUAUCAAUGACGGGCAUAAUGUUAUCAGCGCUUCAUCAGAUGGAACAAUAAAAGUUUGGAGUGUGAAAACGACCGAAUGCAGCAACACAUUCAAGUCAUUUGGAGGAGGCCAGCAGGAUAUCACUGUCAACAGCGUCCAUGUCUUGCCGAAGAAUUUAGAACAUUUUGUCGUUUGCAAUCGAUCUAAUACUGUAUCAAUCAUGAAUAUGCAGGGCCAAAUUGUCCGUUCUUUCAACUCUGGUAAACGAGAGGGGGGAGAUUUUGUCUGCUGCACUGUUUCACCAAGAGGAGAUUGGGUGUAUUGUGUUGGUGAAGAUCAGGUGCUGUACUGUUUCUCUACAAAUUCUGGUAAGCUGGAGAGAACAUUGACCGUGCAUGAUAGAGACGUUAUUGGCAUCGCACAUCACCCUCACAACAAUCUCAUCGCUACAUACUCAGAAGAUGGCUUACUCAAGUUAUGGAAGCCAUAAUUUAAAAGUGGAAGCUGGAAGGAAAUUGAAUAUUAGCUUUCGUUAUAUGGGAUUCUGCUGCUUUAGCACGUUGUUCCCAACCUUAUUCACGGCACUAAACCUUUUAAUGAUCUGCCCAAAGUUUAUUGUAACAAACUCUGAAGAUGGCUGCACAGCUAUGGAAGCUAUACUGAUCUUAAAAAUCAAUUCUUAAAUGAAGGACGACACUCUUCAUGAAAUCCAAAUCCAGCUAAUUUCAAAAACUGUGCGGCCUAAAACCCAGCUUCCAAAUAAUUGAUAGCGAAAUUUUAAUAAAAAAAACGUAAAAGCAGGUUCGCCUGCUAUCAAACUUUGUGAUCAGGGUCUAAAGACAUCUCUUUUUCUAUGAAAAAACUUGUUUUUAAUGAAUUUCCGUCAGUUGUUUAUGCACAUUAAAUAAUAAUGCUGACCAUGGCC